GAUGAUGGCCGCGAGCGCUACGUGUUCUUCUCCUUCCCCCACACCGCCAUCUCCGCCACCGGCGACCUCGGCGUGAUCAGCCGCCCCAACCGCCCCGGGGACAGCUGCGCCUGCGGUGCCCUCGCCAAGGCCCUGAAGGAGCUGCAGGGUGAGGGCCUGGCCCCCAACUGCCGCGUGCCCGGUGUCCACGACCCCCUGGACCCCGAGUACUCGAUCCUCAAGCAGCGCCUGGCCCGCCGCAUCAGGUACGAGCGCAUGGAGCCCAUCCUGAUGGACCUCUCCGACAUGACCGCCGUCGCCGAGCGCGUCAUCACCGACGACCUUGAGUACCUCAUCGAGAAGUGCGUUGACAUCGAGAAGGCCGACUACGCCGUUGUCACCGGCGUCCAGAUCCACAACUGGUCCGACGGCCUCACCAACGAGAACUUCGAGUUCGUGGCGCCCACCAAGGUGUACGUCGUGAACAAGGGCCAGAUCACUGUGCUGGACCUCAUGCAGCUGCCCAGCCUGACCCCCCGCCAGAUCCAGCUGCUGGCGCGCGAUAGCGGCCUCAAGGACGCCUCUUCCGGCAUCAGCAACGCGUCGGUCCAGACCGCGCUCCUGUCCCUGCCCGCGGAGUAUCUCGCUGCGCGCAUCUGCUCGUCCGCGCCCAUCCAGGCCGAGAGCUUCCAGCUGCUGCACAAGCCCAUCUCCAACCAGAAGGCGCUGCCCGCCCCCAGCGAGUGGCAGCCCCUGGAGGUGUCCCCCCGCCAGGGCGUGCGCAUGCUGGGCAUGCCCACCAUGGACGGCGAGGAGGAGGAGGGCUCCACCACCCACACCUCCUUCCGCGUCCCCAAGGGCGUCAAGGCCGCCGUCAACUAA